UCCCUCUCCUCCAUUAUGCCUGUCUGCGGCUGCCUCAGCCCCUCCCACCCUCAGGAAAGGCGAGCGUCCCCCACACCCCUGCCCCCCCAGGAGGUGAGACGUCCUCCCCGGCGCCGUGCGGCCCUCUCCUCCCUGUCCCUGUCCCUCCUGGGCCUCCUGCUGUGCAUGUUCCACCUGCCCCCCGCCUGUCACUCUCGCAGAGACAAGGGUGGGGGCGUGGCCCACUACAUCCCCAUGGCCCAGCCCCCCCACCACCAGGUGCUGCCCAAGCUGGUGCAGGGCCUCAGCAUCGCUGUGGUGCUGGUGGGCAACUCUAGCGAGGUGGCGUUGGCGGGCGCCAGGGAGAAGGACGACUUCCUGCACAUGCCGCUGGCGCCCAACGUGGAGGUGCUCACCAUGAAUGAGACGGACCCUAAGAGCAUCAUCAAGAGCAUCUGUGACCUGAUGACAGAGCACUGGCUGCAGGGCGUGGUGUUCGGGGACGAUACAGAUCAGGAGGCCAUAGCCCAGAUCCUGGACUUCAUCUCCGCACAGACACACAUCCCCAUCCUGGGGGUCCGCGGCGGCUCCUCCAUGAUCAUGGCUGCCAAGGAUGACAACUCAAUGUUCUUCCAGUUCGGCCCGUCCAUCGAGCAGCAGGCCUCGGUCAUGCUCAACAUCAUGGAGGAGUACGACUGGUACAUCUUCUCCAUCGUCACCACAUACUACCCUGGAUACCUGGACUUUGUCACCAAGAUACGGAGCACCAUAGAGAACAGCUUUGUGGGCUGGGAGCUGGAGGAGGUUCUGCUGCUCGACAUGUCAGUGGACGAUGGAGACUCUAAGAUCCAGAACCAGCUGAAGAAGCUGCAGAGCCCCGUCAUCCUGCUGUACUGCACUAAGGAGGAGGCCAACACCAUCUUCGAAGUGGCCCACUCCGUAGGGAUCACGGGCUACGGCUACACCUGGAUCGUCCCCUCGCUGGUGGCUGGGGACGCUGAAGUGAUCCCUGCCGAGUUCCCUACAGGUUUAAUCUCUGUGUCGUAUGACGAAUGGGACUACGGCCUGGAGGCCCGCGUGCGCGAUGGGGUGGCUGUCAUCGCCAUGGCAACCUCCACCAUGAUGCUGGACAGGGGGGCACACACACUGAUGAAGUCUGAGUGCCACGGCGCCACGGACAAGAAAGGGCCCAUUGCUGGGAACCCCAACGAAGUGCUCAGGUACCUGAUGAAUGUAACGUUUGAGGGCCGGAACCUGUCCUUCAGUGAGGACGGCUACCAGAUGCAUCCCAAACUAGUCAUCAUCCUUUUGGACAAGAUGAGGCAGUGGGACAAGGUGGGGAAGUGGGAGAAUGGCUCCCUGUCCAUUAAGUACCACGUGUGGCCUCGCUUUGAGAUCUACUCAGGGGCAGAGAGCCGGGAGGACGACCACCUUUCCAUCGUGACGCUGGAGGAGGCUCCGUUCGUCAUCGUGGAGGACGUUGACCCCCUCAGUGGCACCUGUAUGAGGAACACUGUACCCUGCAGGAGACAGCUCCAAACAAUGCUAGCGGGGAAUAAAACCGUAGACUCGGGGAUCUAUAUCAAGCGCUGCUGUAAGGGUUUCUGCAUCGACAUCCUGAAGAAGAUCGCCAAGCACGUCAAGUUCACCUAUGACCUCUACUUGGUGACCAACGGAAAACACGGCAAGAAGAUCAACGGCACCUGGAAUGGCAUGGUGGGAGAGGUGGAGACAAAGAAGGCCCACAUGGCGGUGGGCUCCCUCACCAUCAACAAGGAGAGGUCAGAGGUCAUUGACUUCUCGGUGCCCUUCAUCGAGACGGGCAUCAGCGUCAUGGUGUCCCGUAGCAACGGCACCGUCUCACCCUCUGCCUUCCUAGAGCCUUUCAGUGCUGAUGUGUGGGUGAUGAUGUUCGUGAUGCUGCUGCUGGUGUCGGCGAUUGCUGUGUUUGUGUUUGAGUACCUCAGCCCUGUGGGCUACAACCGCUGUCUGGCCGACGGCAGAGAGCCUGGAGGGCCCUCCUUCACCAUCGGCAAGGCCAUCUGGCUGCUGUGGGGUCUGGUCUUCAACAACUCUGUCCCAGUGCAGAACCCCAAGGGUUGGACCAGUAAGAUCAUGGUGUCCGUGUGGGCCUUCUUCGCUGUCAUCUUCCUGGCCUCCUACACUGCCAACCUGGCAGCCUUCAUGAUCCAGGAGGAGUAUGUGGACCAGGUGUCUGGACUCAGCGACAAGAAGUUCCAAAGACCCAAUGACUUCUCUCCUCCGUUCCGGUUUGGGACGGUCCCUAACGGCAGCACGGAAAGGAACAUCAAGAACAACUACAAGGAGAUGCAUGGCUACAUGAUCAAGUUCCACCAGAAGAACGUGGACGAGGCCCUCUAUGGUCUGAAGACUGGUAAACUGGAUGCCUUCAUCUACGACGCAGCAGUGCUGAACUACAUGGCCGGGAGGGACGAGGGCUGUAAGCUGGUGACCAUCGGCAGUGGGAAGGUGUUUGCCUCCACGGGCUAUGGCAUCGCCAUCCAGAAGGAGUCUGGCUGGAAGAGACACGUGGACCUGGCCAUCCUUCAGCUCUUUGGAGACGGUGACAUGGAGGAGCUAGAGGCCAUGUGGCUAACGGGCAUCUGCCACCAUGAGAAGAACGAGGUGAUGAGCAGCCAGCUGGAUGUGGACAACAUGGCCGGCGUCUUCUACAUGCUGGGGGCGGCCAUGGCUCUGUCGCUCAUCACCUUCAUCGCCGAGCAUGCCUUCUACUGGCAACUGCGCUUCUGCUUCAUGGGCUACUGCACGGGCAAGCCAGGCUUCGUCUUCUCCAUCAGCAGGGGCAUCUACAGCUGCAUCCACGGGGUUCAGAUCGAGGAGAAGAGCGGCUCAGCUCUCGACUCUCCAUCGGUCACCAUGAACAACACCCAAUCCAACAUCCUGCGUCUGCUCCGAACCGCUAAGAACAUGGCCUCCCUGUCCGGGGUCAACGGCUCGCCUCACAGCGCCCUGGACUUUAUCCGUCGUGAGUCGUCCGUCUACGACAUCUCCGAGCACCGCCGCAGCCUGGCAGGUCACUCGGACUGCAAGCCUCCGUACAUGCCGGAGGAUAACAUGUUCAGCGACUACAUCAACGAGGUGGAGAGGACUUUCGGGAACCUCCACCUGAAGGACAGCAACCUGUACCAGGACCACUACCUGCACCACCAUGGAGGAUCUGCCCUGGGGCUCAGCGGCCCGCCCCUUAACAGACCCCACAGCCUGGGAAGCAACAGCUCUCUGGAAGGGGGCAUGUUUGACUGUGACAGUCUAGGGGGAGGAGUGGCACCCAUCUUCACCACCCAGCCACGCUCUGCCCUGACCCACAGGAACAUGAGUAAGUUUGACCUGAUUGCCAGUCAGAACCCGCCCUCCGGGCCAGGCUUCAAAUCAGGACUGUCAGACCUGUAUGGAAAGUUAUCCUUCAAGGGAGGGGCCUCCAGCUCAGGUUACAUCCCCGGGCACGACAGGUACUGUGGGGGAGGGGGCAGAGAAGAUGACGGAAACAUCCAUUCAGACGUUUCAGACAUCUCCACUCACACUGUCACCUACGGGAAUCUGGAGGGCAAUGCUAAGAAGCGUAAGCAGUAUCGCGACAGCCUGAAAAAGAGGCCCGCCUCGGCCAAGUCGAGACGAGAGCUGGAUGAGAUUGAGCUGGGCUACCGGAGAAAGCCUUACCACACAGGCUACCACCACUACCACGGCCAUCGCUCCUCCUCCCCGCCCCUACUGCCCUCCGAACGCAAGAGAGGAGGAGGGGGAAACGCAGGGAGCACAUCCUACCUGUUCCGUGACAAAGAGAGUGUGAGGGAUUUCUAUUUGGACCAGUUCCGCCCCAAAGUUGGUGUCCCCCAAUGGGAACAUGUGGAUCUGACAGACGGUCCUGGAGGGGGGGGUGGAGGGGGCGGGGGGAACUGCACCAGUUUGGUGUCAGUAGAUGACUUCCUGAAACAAAGUAAACCCAAGAAAUCAGAGUCUAAGAGUGGGGGAGGCACAUCUGGGGUGGGGUUGGCAGGCGGUGACUGGGAGUGUCGGAACUGCCGUGCCAGCGGAGGAGGGGGCAAGCAGAUGUCGAUGCAUGGCAGCGGGGCGGGGGAGAGGGGAGGCGGGUAUGGUGGAGGGGUUAGUUGUGGAUCCUCGGGGGGUGGAGGGAACAGCCGUCCCAGCUCUGCCACCUGCAUGCGCUGCGAGGGCUGCAAAAAGACAGGCAACCUGUACGACAUCAGCGAGGACAACAACCACCUCUUGGAACAGAUGGGGGGUGGGAAAGGCGGGGGCAUGGGGGCUGUGGGGUUAGGUGGAGGCGCCCAGCCUCAAACUCAAGCCCAGCGUAGGAAGUCUGCCGGCUUUGGCAAGCCCCUCCGACGGCAACACUCGUACGACACCUUUGUAGACCUUCAGAAAGAGGAGGCAGUCGGAGUCAGUGGGAUCAUGGGGGAUCUAGGAGGGGGCGAUGGGGGCAUGGGUGGUGCAGGAAUGGGCGGGAUGUUGCAUCCUCCCAGAAGUGUUAGUUUAAAAGAGAAGGAGCGCUACAUGGAGGGUGUUAGCCCCUUCGCCCACAUAUUUGAGAGGCAUGGAGGCUCAGAGAGGGAGAGGGAGCGAGACAGAGACCCCCUGUUCUACGGUGGUGAGAGGGCCAAAGAAGCAGGGUCACCAUUUGGCUUGUUCCGAGGUGGCGAGGGCCUUCACCGUCGCUCAGUGGGGGAGAGGGACAUGAGGGACAGAGAAAGAGCCAUGAUGGAGGGCGGUGGAGGAGGAACCUACUCCUUAUCCAAAUCUCUCUACCCGGAUAGGGUCAACCAAAACCCCUUUAUCCCAACCUUCGGUGACGACCAGUGUCUCUUGCACGGCGCCAAACAAUACUACAUCAAAAAGCAACAGCAGCAGCAGCAGAUGCCCCCCAAAAACAGCCGAAGUGACUUCCGGGGCUCCGUGGGCGUGACGUCCUUCUUGCCAGCGACUGCCACUGCUGGGGUCAUGUCCAAUGUGGACCCCAGGUUCCCUAUGGAGCUGUGUCUGGGAGGGAACCUCCACGGCUCCACGCUGGGUGUGGGGCCAACACAGCGCGCGUUCAAUGGCAGCAACGGGCACGUGUACGAGAAACUCUCCAGCAUAGAGUCAGACGUGUGAGAGA